AUGAAGAACAUCCCUUUGUCAGAUAUCCGAGAAUUUACAGCUUUCUGGGACGUUCGAUUCCAACCACCGUCUUGUUCAUCUCAGCUUUAUAGUACGGUUCCAAAAAAGGUGUUGGUGAGCUCAACAUCAACCGAAGCUCGACUUGACAGGUUUGAAAAACGAGGAAUGCAGAAGGAAAUUUCACCAGCGAGUGAUCAACAUUGGAUUAUGGACCAGGAAGAGAUUGGCGCCAAGGAAGAAAUUCGCCUGUGCAUUAACAAGGACAAUAUCCAACGAGAAGAAGCGCCGCGUCGUCAGUUAAAACGCGAAUGGACUUCACGAGCGAAGGAGCUUGAGGACAAGGACAAGGAUCCGAGAAAAGCCUUUGCUCUGCUAAGGCAGUAUAGAUGA